ACUCAGUGUGCUUCCGGUAGAUUGUGUUGAUCGGGAAGAAGCAGGAGGGAGACAUUCAUUGUUACAUCUGGCAGCAGCAGGAGAGGACAACCAAGCCGUGAGGAACUAAGACAUCUGUACUGAAAGUUUCCUGAGACCUAUCUCUGAUUUCCUGAGAAUGGAUAAGGACAGGAGAGGAUACUAAAUCUCACUCUGAAGAUCAUCUACCUACUAACUGGGGAGGAUUAUACUGUAGUGAAGAAGACACUUCCCAGCUGUGCCUCCAUCACGGUGCCUCCCCCUCAUUCACUGAUACAUGAGAAGCACAAUGAUCAGAAGAUCCUGGAACUCACCAACAAGAUCAUUCAGCUGCUGACUGGAGGGGAGGGGGAGUAUAUAGAGGAACACAGGGGUCUGUACAAGGACGUGAUGAUGGAGAAUCACCGGCCCCUCACAUCACUGGAUGGUCCCAGUAACAGAGAGACCCCAGAGAGAUGUCCCCGUCCUCUGUAUUCCCAGGAUUGUACAGAGGAGAAUCACAGGAUCCCACAGGAGGAUCAGAUAGAAGAUACAGAUGGAGAAGAAGAGAUGUAUGUGACUGAUAUGAAGGCAGAAGAUACAGAGGGAGAAGAAGAGACGUAUGUGACUGAUAUGAAGGCAGAAGAUAUAGAAGGAGAAGGAGAGACGUAUGUGACUGAUAUGAAGGCAGAAGAUACAGAGGGAGAAGAAGAGACGUAUGUGACUGAUAUGAAGGCAGAAGAUACAGAGGGAGAAGUAGAGACGUAUGUGACUGAUAUGAAGGCAGAAGAUACAGAGGGAGAAGUAGAGACGUAUGUGACUGAUAUGAAGGCAGAAGAUACAGAGGGAGAAGUAGAGACGUAUGUGACUGAUAUGAAGGCAGAAGAUAUAGAGGGAGAAGAAGAGACGUAUGUGAGGGGUGAUCAGCAGUGUAAGGAGGAGGAAAUCCCUACAGAUAUCAGCACAGCAGAUGGAGGCACAAGUAGAAAGAUCUUGGAGGGAGAACUCAUUUUGUCUCCAGAUAUUAAAAUACAAGACAAUAUCAGACAUGACUCUCCGGGGGACAUCUCCAUUACUCUAAAUAUACAUCCUGCACUUCCCAGCACUGCUAUAUCAUCUGAUCUCUCUCAUCAUGGGAAAUGUUCUCCUGCUAACUCAAAUAUUGUUACACAUAGUGCUGGUCCUAGAGGUGAUUCAGGUUUUACAUGUAUUGAUUGUGGUAAAAGUUAUGUACGUCAGUCAAUGUUUGUUAGACAUCAGAGAAGUCACACAGGUGAGAAACCAUUUCCAUGUCCUGAGUGUGGAAAAUGUUUUAAACAGAAAUCAUAUCUUGUUACACAUCAGAGAAGUCACACAGGCGAGAAACCAUUUCCAUGUCCUGAGUGUGGGAAAUGUUUUACACAGAAAUCAUAUCUUGUUAUACAUCAGAGAAGUCACACAGGCGAGAAACCAUUUCCAUGUCCUGAGUGUGAGAAAUGUUUUACACACAAAUCAUAUCUUGUUGGUCAUGAGAGAAGUCACACAGGUGAGAGGCCAUUUCCAUGUCCUGAAUGUGGGAAGCAUUUUAUAGAUAAAUCACAUCUUCUAAUGCAUGAGAGAAGACACACAGGUGAGAGGCCAUAUCCAUAUCCUGAGUGUGGGAAACGUUUUACACAGAAAUCAUAUCUUGUUGGUCAUGAGAGAAGUCACACAGGUGAGAAACCAUUUCCAUGUCCUGAGUGUGGGAAAUGUUUUAAACAGAAAUCAUAUCUUGUUACACAUCAGAGAAGUCACACAGGCGAGAAACCAUUUCCAUGUCCUGAGUGUGGGAAAUGUUUUACACAGAAAUCAUAUCUUGUUAUACAUCAGAGAAGUCACACAGGCGAGAAACCAUUUCCAUGUCCUGAGUGUGGGAAAUGUUUUACACACAAAUCAUAUCUUGUUGGUCAUGAGAGAAGUCACACAGGUGAGAGACCAUUUCCAUGUCCUGAAUGUGGGAAGCAUUUUAUAGAUAAAUCACAUCUUCUAAUGCAUGAGAGAAGACACACAGGUGAGACAUAUCCAUGUCCUGAGUGUGGGAAACGUUUUACAUACAAAGCACAUCUUGUUAGACAUCAGAGAAGUCACACAGGUGAGAAACCAUUUCUAUGCUCUGAGUGUGGAAAAUGUUUUUCUCUGAAAUCAGAUCUUGUUAGACAUCAGAGAAGUCACACAGGUGAGAAACCAUUUCUAUGCUCUGAGUGUGGAAAAUGUUUUUCUCUGAAAUCAGAUCUUGUUAGACAUCAGAUAAGUCACACAGGUGAGAAACCAUUUCUAUGCCCUGAGUGUGGAAAAUGUUUUUCUCUGAAAUCAGAUUUUGUUAGACAUCAGAGAAUUCACACAGGUGAGAAGCCAUUUCCUUGUCCUGAGUGUGGGAAGCAUUUUAUAAAUAAAUCACAUCUUCUAAUACAUGAGAGAAUUCACACAGGUGUGAAGCCAUAUCCAUGUCCUGAGUGUGGGAAAUGUUUUAAAGAGAAAUCAAAUCUUAUUCAGCAUGAAAGAAGUCACACAGGUGAGAGGCCGUUUCCAUGUCUUGCGUGUGGGAAGCGUUUUACAUGCAAAUCAUAUCUGGUUAAACAUCAGAGAAUUCACACAGGUGCGAAGCCAUUUUCAUGUUCUGUGUGUGGGAAAUGUUUUACAUGGGAAUCAAAUUUUGUAAUACAUAAGACGUCACACAGGUGAGACACUCUUCAUGUUCUGGGUUUGAAAAAUGUUUUACAAAUAAAUCACAUCUUGUUAUACAUCAGAGGAGUCACACAGGUGAGAGGCCAUUUCCAUGUUCUGAGUGUGGGAAAUGUUUUACACAGAAAUCAGAUUUCUUUAAACAUGAGAGAAUUCACACAGUUGUGUAACCAUUUCCAUGUACUGAGCGUCUGAUUCGGGUUUGUAUGCAAACGUAAUGGUUUAUAAGUCUCCAUCAUUGGAUGCAGACUUUCUGGACCAUGCUGUCUGGAUCCGACGACCAGUCUGAGAAAGCUUUGGUUUGUGCAGACUGACCAAGGUCUGUUCCGAUCAUGAGUUAGGAUGAUGAUCCAAUGCUAUGGUCUCAGAUGCGGCCCACCAAUCUCCUGCUGCAUUUACAUUUAAUUUGUACGGUAUUGCACUGCAUCUGCGCAAGUCCUUACAGAUCGACAUCAGGCCCUAAGGGUACAAAAUACUUUACACUAAAAUAUCUUGUUACACGUCAGAAAAUCCACAUAAGGAGAAAGGAUUGGUAUGUGGGGAUGUCUGGGUGGUAUAAGUUCAUGUCUCAGAGGAUGUUCUUAGCGCUGCAUGGAAUUUGUGGAGCUUUUUAGUACUUAUAUGGUGGUGAAUGAGAUGGGGUUAGCUGGGAUGUGUUUUUUUUUUCAUUUUGGAAAUAAAGGCCUAUGUGCGUUC